UUCAAUAUGGCGGCCGCCUUUCCAGUUUGAGCAAAGGUGGUGAUAGCACGCGUGUUUUUCGGUCCUCGUGAAAAUGACGCGUUAUUCUCGCAAAAAGACGCACAAGGGGUACACAGCGUCGCACAAGAAGGACAAGACUAAGCACAGAGCCAAGGAUCUUGACCAGAUUCACGUCGACAUGGUGCCGGACAACGCCGAAAAGCUCCUGAACCAAGAGGUCGACUACGACCUCCCCGGCGAUGCGCAGUUCUACUGCCUCCAUUGCUCUAGGUACUUUAUCGACAAGAACUCGCUCAACGAUCACCUCAAGAGCAAGAACCACAAAAGACGGCUGAAAGCUCUCGAAGAGGACCCCUACUCGCAAGAGGAGGCCGAAGCCGCCGCCGGCAUGGGCUGCUACAACCCUCCCAAGAGGCGUAAGGUGGAGUCACAGCCCCCUAAGGAGUGACCAGAUCUGCUCCAUGCAGUUCCAGAUGUUUUAUUCUGUAAAUAAUAAACUAUCCGGUACCAGC